GAUGUUGAUUGGGGAGAACUUGAUUUCCUUUUGGUAGACACACCACCGGGUACCUCGGACGAACACCUAUCAAUAACGCAAUAUCUAAAAGAAAGUGGAAUCGAUGGCGCAAUAUUAAUAACAACGCCGCAGGAAGUAUCGAUCCAAGAUGUGCGAAAGGAAAUCGAUUUCUGUCGAAAAGUGAAGAUACCAAUUAUUGGUGUGGGUGAGUCUGUUAUCUUUGCACCCACUACCGGAGGAGCGAAAAAAAUGGCAGAAGAAGUUGAUAUUCCAUAUUUAGGUUCGAUUCCGCUGGAUCCUAGAAUUGGAAAAUCAUGUGAUGCCGGAAUUUCGUUCUUGGACGAAUAUCCCGAUUCUCCAGCCACUAGGGCUUAUCUAGAUAUUAUUGAAGGUAAAUAA